CUCAUAUCACACUAUUCAGAUCCCUAAUAACUCUUUCCAUUUUCUUUUCUCACACUCCAUUUCCACUCCACUCAUCUCUCUGGUUUCAAUUCAUCAUCGUCUUCAUCACAUGAAAUGAGUUUAACAUCUCCAAAUUCAAAUCUCCAAAUCCAGUUCCCAAACACAAAUCACCUCUCAUUUCUAUCAACAACUACUCAUGAAGAAAUCCAACAAUUUCGUGUCUGGAAAAGAUUUUUAAAAAACAAGAAGAAAUCAUCAUUAUCUUUUUCAAUUCACAAUUCGUUGUCUCCAGAAGUUAUAGUUUCAUCCUCGUUCAACAAUUUAUUCAAGAAUUUUAUUACUCAAUUUCCUUAUGUUAAUUCAUUUGAUGUGAUUUUACCUGCCCUAGGUUUAGCUUCUGGGAUUUUUCUAUACUUACAACAAUCAAAACCGAAAUCGAAGAGACGACGUGCUUUAUUUUCGAAUUCAUCAUCCGCCACACGGCAGCGGCGAUUGAGUGGUGGUGGUGGUGGGGAGGAGGAUGAGGAGUGGGUACUGUUUAGUAGUCCGACGCCGUUUAAUCGGUUCGUAAUUUUACGGUGUUCAUCGAUUUUGUUGUUGGAGAAUGAUGGUGGUAAUGUUAAUGAGAAGCUAGUGAAAGAGGAGAGGCAUUAUGUGAAAUUGAAUGGGAGAGUGAGGGAUUUUAGUAGUGAGGAUGGUGGUGAUGGUGUUGUGUAUCAGAGAGUUUGUGUUAGUUGUGAUGAUGGUGGUGUGAUUUCGUUAGAUUGGCCGGUGAAUUUGGAUUUGGAAGAAGGGAAUGGGUUAGAUACAACAAUGUUGCUUGUACCUGGCACGGCUGAAGGGAGUGGCGAUAGGGAUGUGAAGCUGUUUGUUGCGGAGACGCUUAGACGGGGGUGUUUUCCGAUUGUGAUGAAUCCUAGAGGUUCUGCUGGUUCUCCACUUACUACCCCAAGAUUAUUUACAGCUGGUGACAGCGAUGAUAUCCGUACGGCUAUACAGUUUAUCAAUAGUUCUAGGCCAGGAAAUACAUUGAUGGGGGUUGGAUGGGGUUAUGGUGCAAAUAUGCUUACCAAAUACCUCGCAGAAGUCUCAGAGAGAACUCCUCUAACGGCUGUUGUAUGCAUUGACAAUCCCUUCGAUCUAGAGGAAGCCACUAGGUCAUCUCUGCAUCACAAUGCUCUUGACCAGAAGCUGGCCGAUGGAUUAAAAGAGAUUUUGAAAUCCAACAAGGCACUCUUUCAAGGCAGAGCAAAGAAAUUUGAUGUGGAAAAAGCUCUAGAAGCCACCUCACUACGUGAUUUUGACCAAGCAAUAUCUGUGGUAUCUUGUGGGUACGAGGGAAUCGAAGAGUUCUACUCAAAAUCAAGUACAAGAGAAUCGGUUGACAAAGUGAAGAUUCCAACACUCUUUAUUCAGACUGACAAUGGGACAGCCCCACAGUUCUCGAUUCCCAGAAGUGCAAUAGCAGAAAAUCCAUUUACAAGCGUGCUUCUCCGUUCUCGUUUACCUUCCGGCAUUAUGAACGAGAGAUCUGCAUCGCCUUGGUGCCAGGGUCUCGUCAUUGAGUGGCUUACAGCAGUGGAGCUUGGAUUUUUGAAGGGCCGUCAUCCUUUACUGGAAGAUGUAGAUGUUACAAUCAAUCCUUCAAAAGGUUUAUCUCUAGUUGAAGGUAUAUCAUCCGAUGAGCCUAAGGACUCGUCUAAGAUCCGGAAUCUUUCCGAAUAUAAUGCUUUAAGUGCAUAUGGUGUGGAUCCACCCGAAGAAAGUGAUAAAGUAGCUAAUGUUCCUUUAAGAUCACAAAAACAAUUACCCGACCACUCUGAAACACAAAAAGUGGGGGAAAGUGAUGAACCAAAACAUAGUAGCUCACCUGAUGCUGAAGCAGUCGAAGAGGAGGGGGAGGUUCCUGUUAACGAAGAAAGCCAAGUUCUACAGAGUGCACAAGUGGUAAUGAACAUGCUUGAUGUGACUAUGCCUGGUACACUAUCACCAGAACAGAAGAGAAAGGUCCUGAUGGCCAUGGAGCAAGGAGAAACACUUAAGAUGGCUCUAGAUGGAGCUGUGCCUGAAGAUGUUCGUGGAAAGCUUGCAGCUGCUGUUUCUGCAAUGACACAAGCUAAGGGGAUGAAAGUAAAUGCUGAUGGAAUUAUGGAUGCUAGUCAAAUAAAUUUAUCAGACUUUAAAGCAAGUAUCCAAGAAACAGUUGGAGAACCUUCACCUCCUGCAAGUGAAUCAAAUGAUGUUCAAACUUCGGAGUCGAAGAAAGAGAGUGAUGGAUCAUCUGAUGAUACUGGCGAUAAGGAUCAGCCUGUGAAGAUAGACCAAGAUCAGGAAAAGGGCGAAUCCAAAGAUCAAAAGAUUGAAGAAAAAAAUAUAGAUUCGUCGGCUGAUCAAAAUGAGGCAGGAACAAGCAGUACAUCGGACAAGCACAGUAAUAGCGAGGAAACAGUUGACACUGGCAAUUCUGGUGGGGCACAGGUGAAAACGGAUCAGGACGGAGCAACUGCUGAUUCAGGCAAAAAAGAGGAUAAUGAUGACCAACACACUGAUGGAAAAACCAAGGAUGAUUCAAUUGAUGAGAAGGAUACAACAGCAAAAACAGAAGAAUCAUCGCCAGUUGCGGCAUCUUCUCCUGAGGCUCCUCCUACGGACAAGGAAGCAGACAAUGUUCCAAAGAAGGAAGAUGAAAAACCAGAGCCUUCCACAGAUCAAAACCAGCAAGCCUCUUCCAAGGCGGAAGAACCACCCCCACCAAAUCCUCCGGCUCCUCCUCCGGCUCUUGGUGCAUUCGAAGCAUUUACAGGGUUUGAUGAUUCAACCCAGAUGGCUGUUAAUAGUGUAUUUGGAGUUCUAGAAAAUAUAAUUAACCAGUAUGAUGCGCAAAAUGAGGAAGAUCAACAGAAAAAUGGUGACAAACAAGAAAAGCAGAGCGGUGAGCAACCUGGUUCUUCUACUAGGGAAGCUGCUGUACCGCAAAGCGAAGACAAGUCAGCAAGUGGAGACACUGAUAAAGGUGGAGUCAAGUCAGCAAGUGGAGACGCUGAUAAAGGUGAAGUCAAGUCAGCAAGUGGAGACACUGGUAAAGGUGAAGUGAGCUUAGACUCUGAUGAUGACCUUGAAAAAUCUGACGAUACAGAAGAGGAUGCAGGAAAUGGAUCUCGCGGAAAGCAGCUCACUCAGAACUCUAUUUCAUACAUGAAAAACAGUUUUAGCUCUCAAGGAAGUAAGGGAGGUGGUUAUGCAGUUAAGGGUAAGGGCGAGAAGAGGGGGGUAAAUUUGAAUGUGUCAAAAAGCUCAGGCAAGACUAGACAAUUGCACAAGGUUCCAGUAUAUGUAACAGUGAACCCAUAUGGGGAUUCACUGUACAAUGAAUACCUCCGUGAAUAUCUACUUUCAAAUGUUUCCGGUCCCAAAUCAUUGGAUUUGGAUUCGACUACUGACUUACUCCUUGAGUACUCUUCAGAGGAAGGUAAAUGGAAGUUCUUGGAUGACGAAGAUGAUGAUAGUGCUUCUGAAUCUGAUGAUGACACUAAUGAAUAUAAGGGAAGUAGCAGUAAGGGUCAAGAUGUCCGUUCUUCAGCAGAGGCCAAUGAUGCAGACGAAAUUAUUGAAACAUCCUAUGUAGUACUAGAUACGGAAAAUGAACAACGGCCCCUUGAAGAUCACAAUUCUUCGGAUGAUCUUGUUAGAAAACUUGGAGGGCGGCCCCCUAGAUCUGGGGAUCCGAUGCUCUUAGUCAAAAAUAUCAUACUAGACACUCUGAAGGUUGAAGUUGGUCGUAGGCUAGGUGUGCAAGAGAUGGAACCCUCGCUUGCGAGUGAGUUGGAACGAGUAGCAGAUGUAGUUUCCUUGGGUAUUGGACAAAGCCGGGGUUUGGAAGAAAAUAAAGAGCCAUCUUCAGGAAAACUAGGCACUAUUCAGGGUGGGUAUGUAUUGAAGACGAUUUCUUUUGCUGUUACUGAAACCACUUACUUGAGAAAAGUUCUGCCAGUUGGUGUUAUUGUUGGCUCUUGCUUGGCCGCUCUGAGGAAGUACUUCACUGUAGCUGUGCAGCAGGAUGGUUCUCAUAGUUUGGAGGAUGGUGUUGAUAAAACCAACAUAACAAGGGAGGAAAUUCAAGGUCAUGAAGGUGGGACUCUUAGCAAGCAAAAACCUUCAGUCAAGAAGGAGAAGGAUGAACACUCUGAUAGUGAGGAUGAACAUUCUGAUAGCGAGGACGAACACUCUGCGCUGGAUAAUUUUAUUAGCUUAGCUAGUGAGAAUGUGCAGAAUCUGAGCAGCAAUACUGUCGUGGUUGGUGCUGUUACAGCUGCCUUGGGUGCAUCUGCUUUCUUGGUCCCUCAACAGAUAGAAGAACAAUUUGAAAACGGUGAAUCUGCUGAAAUCUCAUCGACCUCAUUCAGUGAGAAUAGAAACGAAAAUGGGGAUGCCAUUUCAGAUAGAAGCCAAAAUAACCUAGUGAGUAGCUUUGCUGAGAAAGCAAUGUCUGUUGCAGCUCCUGUGGUACCUACUACGAGUGAUGGUGCUGUGGAUCAGGAUAGGUUGGUAGCAGUUCUGGCAGAGUGGGGACAAAGGGGUGGAAUGUUAAGACUGGUUGGGAAGCUUGCUUUACUUUGGGGUGGUCUACGUGGUGCUAUGAGCUUGACUAACAGACUUAUUUCAUUCUUACACAUUUCAGAGCGCCCCUUGCCUCAGAGGAUUCUUGGGUUUGUUUGCAUGGUUCUUGUUCUAUGGACGCCGGUGGUCAUUCCAUUGUUGCCGACGCUUGUACAGAACUGGACGACACAAAGCUCGGGAAUGGCCGAAUAUGCUUGCAUUGUGGGUCUCUACGCAGCUGUAAUAAUCCUGAUAAUGUUGUGGGGAAAGAGAAUUCGCGAGUGUGAUCACGAACAUCCACUUAGGCGCUACGGCCUGGAUUUGACAUCAUUGCCGAAGCUUCAGGACUUUGCAGUGGGAUUGCUAGGAGGAUUCAUGCUAAUCUUAUCGAUACAUUCUACAAAUGCGCUACUUGGUUGUGCCAGCCUCUCGUGGCCUUCCAGCCUAUCUUCGUCUUCAACACAAGCUAUUUUCUUGCUCAAAGGUUAUGGUGGAAUGCUUCUGUUGGCUGGUCAAGCAGUUGUGACGGCAACUGUGGUGGCAAUUGUGGAAGAAUUGUUUUUUAGGUCAUGGUUGCCUGAAGAAGUAGCUGUGGAUAUUGGCCAUCACCGUGCAGUUCUUGUCUCAGGACUUGCAUUUGCCAUAUUUCAAAGGUCGCUGCAGGCAAUACCAGGGCUUUGGCUAUUGUCUCUAGCUCUAUCUGGGGCGAGACAAAGAAACAAAGGCAGUCUGGCUGUUCCGAUCGGAAUGCGAGCAGGAAUCCUAGCAUCAUGUUACAUCCUGCAGAAAGGUGGAUUUUUAAUCUACCAUCGCAGCUAUCCCAUAUGGUUAACUGGUACAGACACGAUGCAGCCGUUCAGUGGAGUUGUUGGACUUGCCGCCAGUCUUAUAGUGGCUCUACUGCUCUAUAAAAAACAGUCAUCUGGAACGGCAAUGGUCCCUAAAGCUGCUGAGGAGUAGAGUUGGCUUACACUGGAUUUUCCUUCUUCUAGUGCAUACCAGAUAAUCUGACCCUGUAUGGGUUCCUACCUCUGUAAAUUUAAUGAUGCACAAGUCAAUUUAUAGUUGCACUAUAUGUAAUACAACAACUCUGGAAGCAGUAAAACCAGCAAGAUGGAUAACAAGGCAGAAAGCUUCAAAGAGUGAACGGCGCAUAGAGAUGGACAUGUACUUGGAAGUAAUUGUAUCAAGGGGAAAUGUUGGUUGAUGUUAAAGGUGCAAGGCCAUCAGAGAUAUUCUUUUUGUAACAGUUACCUGUAAAGGAUUUUUUCCGAAAUUGUAGAAGGAUAAUAAAGGGAGCUCAUGAAGUGCAGGCGAAAAGCUCCAGAUUUUUGGGACAUCAGGUAGUGAAGGAAAUGUAAUGGUAUAACUUGGUAAAAGAAUGUUCAAUAGCAACAACACUUGCAGAGGAAAUGUAGCUUACUUUCAUUACAUCAAACUGGAAACUGUCUAGCAGAAGCAGUACACUAAUACUAGUUAACAGAUACUACAGCUAUUACAUGAUAUGAUAACAAGUUAAUUUCCA